AUGAUUCGCGAUGCAGCGAAUGAAGUGUUGCACUCACGCGUUCCUGAAGGGUUUCAAUGGAUAGAGGCCUACGGGCAGUACUACUCACCCAGUUGUGGAUUUUUCUAUGACCCGAAUACUGGACUUUUUUAUCACAGCGAAUCGGAGACUUAUUACAUAUUUAACGACGACACCCAGCAAUAUGAGGUGUAUAAGUGCAUGCGAAAAACCCAGUGGACGUCUCGCUCAAAUAAAAAGAAAGCGAAGAAGUUGUUUGCCGGGGCGCUGGACCGAUUAGAUCAGGAUGCUGUCGAUGUUUGUGAGGUCGUGUUCGAUCUCACCUCAAAGCUUAGCCUGGAAGACGGAGACGAUGGAGAGUGUGGGCCUGGGACGCAUUCAACUCCGUCUUCUUCGAGAAAGGACCACUGCGAUGCAGAAAUGGCCUCAGUGGAUUACUUUGAUGAAGCUACAGGGGACAUCAUUUCUGUACCACAAGGAAAUGGCCAAAUCAAAGGCAACAAAGAAAGAAGAAAGGAAAGGCGGCGAAGGGCACGAGAAGACUUAAAAAACGGUGUCGGAGAUGCCAAAAUUUUGAGUGAAGAUUAUUGCGAGAGCACUAGCGAAGAAGAGGAUGAACGGAUACAAAUGCGGGAAGAUGAAAGGUUUUCGCAGCCUCCAUUGCUACGGAUCAUGGAUUCCAAGAAUAAUCUCCACGUUGUCACUAUUUGUGGCGGAGUCGUAGGAAGACAGUCCGGAUGUGAUAUUCUUGUCGACGAUCCAUCUAUUUCGAGGAAACUGCUCGAAUUUGUGUUUGUUCCGGAAAGUAAUUCAUUUGUUGUGAACAAGCUUUCCGACAAAGGGCAUGUUAUGUUGAAUGAUUACGAAUUUUUUAUGGCAAACGAUGAGCGAGAGAUUGAGCAUGGUGAUAUACUGAGAUUUGGCAAGGAAUUUUUACGGGUCCACGUCCAUUUCGGUAACAAUACUUGUCCUGGGUGCGAGCAGGGACUUUUGACGCCUGAAACAACCGCAGUGUCACAGUCAGUGACCGUUCCUCAUGGAGAAACGGCGCGACGGCGAAAUAUGAAAGCGCUCAAAGCUAUGUAUGGAAUCAACGAUUACGCAGAAAGUGCUCGGACUCCAUCUUACGGACCAGAUCGUGCUGCUAAGAGGCGGCGACUUGUUGGUUCGGAAAUUGACGUAAACAAGGAUGGAAGUAUCGCUGAUCCAAACAAUAUUUACGCUGGGUGUGCUGCUAAACCUGUGCCAGUUAAGCCGCUCAACGAAGCCAAUAAAGGCUUCCGUCUGCUUCAAAGUAUGGGAUGGAAAGAGGGCGAAGGAUUAGGAAAGGACGGCACAGGACGUCAGGCACCGAUUGAAUCCACUGUUCGUAAAGAGCGAACUGGAUUGGGCGCUACGGAAUCGAAGCCCGCUCCACCUAAAAGCCGAAAAGACGUGAUCUUAGACAAGACGCGGGAACGUUACGAAAAGCUGCUCAACUCAACUGUUGAAGUUGAAUUCGAUGGUGCAGGAACAUGA